UCAUUUCCCUCCCUUAAAAUUUGACGCAAAUUUUUCUUUGUGCUCGGAGGGCCCUUCUGUUGACUGGAGUGGAAUAAUUUAUUUGCAAAUGUCCGGGAUAUGCUAUGUCAGUAUUUCACUGGAAUAGAAACGGUUAUUGAAGGGAGCAGUGCCGAUUAGACUCUAAGGGCCAGAGGUGGGUGGUUUUGCCGUGGAGGGGUGGUCCAAGGUGAUAAUUGUAUUCAGACUUGGGGGGGGGGGGUGCUGGGGGAAAGCAUUUCGUCUGCUCCCGGAGUGCUUCACGCCAAGACUCCCGCGAGGCAAACGUCGGCCGAGUACCUGGACCGCCGGGGGCUGAGGGAAGCCUCUGGAGGAGGGGUCAAGGGAGGAGCUGCAAGCUGGCAGAACUAGCCCACUCCAAAUAGCCGGACUUCCGCGAGGUACUACUGCAUGUAGUACCCGGAAGAAAGAGGCUUUUGCAGCUGCUGUCUGCCCCAUGAUUUUCUUGGGAUCCUGCGUUGUUAGUGGAAGGCGCUGAAGAGAAGAGGCAAGACGAUGGCCGCGGAAGGUCCCAGCAUUCGUCUGAUCCAGGUGGCAGAGCAUCCCAGACUGCUAAAGAUGAAGGAGAUGUUUGUUUCCAAGUUUGGAUCCAUUCCUGAGUUUUAUGUUCGGGCACCAGGACGAGUCAAUUUAAUAGGAGAGCACAUAGAUUAUUGUGGAUAUGCUGUCCUUCCUAUGGCUAUAGAACAAGAUAUCCUAAUAGCUGUUGAACCUGUGAAAAGUCAGACGUUCUACCUGGCCAAUACAAAUUCCUUCUUUCUGGAUUUCAGUACCAGUGUAAAUGACAUUCACAUUAAUAAGACCAAGCCUCAGUGGCACAACUAUUUCCUAUGUGGACUUAAAGGAAUUCAGGACCAUUUCAACCUCAAGAACCCGACUGGCAUGAAUUGUCUGUUGGAUGGAAUCAUCCCUCCGAGUUCUGGCCUUUCCAGUUCCAGUGCCCUGGUUUGUUGUGCUGGCCUUGUGACUCUUAGAGCUAACGGGCUGAGCCUCUCUAAGACAGAACUGGCGGAAAUUUGUACCAAGAGUGAACGUUACAUUGGCACUGAAGGAGGAGGCAUGGAUCAGUCCAUAUCAUUUCUUGGAGAGGAAGGAAUGGCCAAGUUAAUAGAAUUCAAUCCUCUGAGGGCAACUGAUGUCCAACUUCCAAGUGAAGCAAGUUUUGUGAUCGCUAACAGUUGUGUUGAAAUGAACAAGGCAGCAACUUCUCAUUUCAAUACUCGUGUGAUGGAAUGUCGACUAGCUGCAAAGUUCCUGGCUAAGUACAAAGGCUUGAAAUGGAAAGAAGUCCUGUGCUUGAAGGAGGUACAGGUCAAAUUAGGAGUAAAUCUGGAGGAAAUGUUGCUGCUAGUGGAAGAAGUCUUCCAUUUGGAACCUUACAGCCCAGAGGAAAUUUGCAAUUGCCUAGAAAUUAGCCUGGAGGAGCUCAGGACCCAAAUCCUUAGCAAGAACACUCAAGAUGUACUUCUCUUCAAGUUGUACCAGCGUGCAAAGCAUGUGUUUAGUGAGGCAGCCAGAGUGCUACAGUUUAAGAAGAUUUGUGAGGAAGCACCUGCCAAUUCCAUCCAGCUGUUGGGAGACCUAAUGAACCAGAGUCAUGUGAGCUGUAGGACGCUGUAUGAGUGCAGCUGUCCCGAGCUGGAUCGGCUGGUGGAUCUCUGUCGGCAGUUUGGGGCUCAAGGGUCACGACUGACUGGAGCAGGAUGGGGAGGCUGCGCUGUGUCAUUGGUACCUACUGACAAGCUUCCUGACCUUCUAGCAAAUGUGCAAGAGGCCUAUUACCAAAGCAAGAAGGGAAGGUUGGCUGUGGAGAAGCCGUGUCUGUUUGCUACCAAACCUGGAGGUGGGGCUUUGGUUUUCCUUGAGGCCUAAACAAUGUAAGAAUUGCAGAGAAACUAUUUAGGGCAUUUAGGAACUGGCAGGACUUCCUAUGCCAUGGUAAAUUAAUUCCCUUUCUGUUUUCUAUUAUGGUGAAUGUUUGCUAUUAUAAAGAUAUAUUUCCAAAGAAAAUUGUUGAAAGCUCUCUGCACUUUAUAAUGAACACUUUUUUCCCUCUUAAAAAUGUUUCUUACAAAUAACGGCCAAGAUAGACCUUUUAAUGACUGAUGAUUUAGGGAACCUUAGCAAUGUGAAAAUGUCAAAGAUUAAAAAGAUCAAUGAUGCAAAUAAAAACAUGUACAUCUCA